GUGCCCAGCACAGACGUGUCCAUGAAACCACCCUUAGGUAAUGGAUCUGUGCAGCCAUUGAUUGUAUUGGUUUGAUGCUGACGCCUUUCUGUCUGAAGGGGAGGGGUCUGCACAGAAACCCCUUCUCUAGGGGUCUAAGGGCUGUUUUUUAUGAAUGAAAUGAAUGCCAACUACAAAUUAACCACACACUCUCUCAAUAAAUCAACUGUCUCUGUGGGCGGAUGUCAUGCAGUUAUGAAAAUAAAUGUUUUGUACAACAACAUGCAUUUUGAUGAUAUUCCUGUUAAAUUUCAGAAAGCUCAGAAUGUGGCUGAUAUUCACUCAGCAUUAAGCUACUUUUGUAGCUCGGUGGCCAGUGUUAUGCAGUGAGAGCGUGGAGAGCAGGCUACAGGACCGUGGGAAAGGUCCUCCACGUAAGGCACUUUAUUCUUUGUCUGUUGUUCUUGUGUAAUUGAUCUCACUCCAUGUCCAUGGCGGAGUGCUUCAAAGCCCCACAAUUUUUUAUGGCUGCACCAUUCCAUCAAGUGAUUUUAUACAUAGUAUCCUCUAGAAUUUAAAAUAAAAUUCUGUGGAUUAGAACAAGGCAAGAUUAAGACAUAAUUCUAUCUGGAGUAUAAGUCUCCUUAUAGCUUACUGUAUGAUGAGGAGAGGGGAAAAGGCAUGCAUAGGAACUCAGCAAACACUUUUGUGAAGGUGACAGAAAUAUUAACAGACAGGAACCUGAGGGGAAUGCUAGUGAUGUUACAUGUUUGCUGGGUAUAUGCGGGGGUCUUCCUUCAUGGACAUGUUAGAAACAAUCAUUCAGGUUUUACUUUAAAAUCCUCAUGUAUGCAUUUAACUGUUGUUCUAAACAGGGAGAUGCCAUUCACAGAUGAACUGUGUUCAUAUGUGUUCUGAGUAAGGUUUGUGGACAAAGUUUUAAACAAAAAGGCACAGAUUAAAAACAAUUGUAGAAAAGGGCAACCAUUUCUAUGAAAAAUUCACCUGAUAUUUUCAGCUUCACAUAUGAAAAUUUACUUUUCACCUGGAGAGUAUAUAAAUCUUAACAUGUGUAGAAGACAUUUCACAUUUUAAAAUGCAAAUUCACAACUUGUGAAUUUUAAUUUCACAUAUGCAAAAUUUCACAUUUCAUUUGAUGUUUGAAAAUCACUAUGUUUAUCCACAUUUGAUUUUUUUCAUGAGGGAUAUCUGUUUUCAAAUGUUACAAUCCAAAAGACAAUGAAAUAAAGUUAUUUGCUUUUACACCUACAAGCAGGCUGAGUAUAUGUAAAAAAUAAGUUUUAUUAAGCUGUGCCAGUCAAAAGGCUGUAAAAUGACAAAAUGUUAAAAGAAAUCAAUGAUGAUUAGUAGCAGUGCAUAUUAUUUGUGGCAGCAGCUACAAGUUAUAGCCUAUUCAUUCUUAUUCCAGUGUUCAGGUGAUACUGCCUCCCCAACAUUAAGCAAGUAGGCUACUUCAUAUUUCACAGAGGUGAAAUGAAUUGCUGUUCAGGGUCCGACAGCAGCGGAUUCCAAUGAAACGUGUGAAAAUGUGAAUUUAAUUCAUAAAUGCGGCCUGCCAUGCCUGGCCCGCGGGCAGGAUUCCUCUCCUCUCUGUUUUCUCUGGCUCCCCGCCCACGGGAGAGGUGAUUUCUUUCUUUUUUUUCUUUUUUUUAAACCCAUCCUCAUUGAGUGGAGCCUGUGGCUGCGGUUAUUAUGCCCACACUUUUCAGACGAACCGUGCCGAGCUGUGACUGUCACGCCUCGCUGCUGCAUGGUCCUUGCCCGAUGCCGCGGUGUGUUGUAGCCGAGUUGGAGUUGGAGCUGCUCGGCGUGUCAGACUCCGCUGUCCCCGGUGUUUUGCCUUCUUAUGCUCAUUGAGCCAAACCUUCCUGCUGCUCACUGGCUUGUUUUAUCUUGUUUUAUUUAGAUUCAAAGUCGCCAGUCCUCCUGCCUGUGGAAGACUUAGGCCUACAAGUGGACGACAGACCUGUUAAAGUGCCAUUGAAACUAUAGGUUCCCUCUAUUUCUUUCUUUUCUUAAGUCUUUUCUGUUCACCGGGAUAACGGAGGAACUGCAGCACCGGGAACCAUGAGCGGACGCGGGGACGAGGCCGGGGAAAACUCUGGCUCCCGCUCCCAGGAGCCCAUGGGGGCCGCGGAGCCCCAGAAGAGGAGGCCGGGGAGACCGAGGAAGCCCCAAAAAGAGCCCAGUGGAGAGCCUGUCCCCAAGCGACCAAGGGGCCGCCCCAAAGGAAGUAAGAACAAGGGCCCCUCCAAGGCAGCACAAAAGAAAGCUGAGGCAACCGGGGAGAAAAGACCCAGGGGGCGACCCAGGAAAUGGCCCCAGCAAGUUGUCCAGAAAAAGUCUGCUCAGCUUAGAGGUGCAUUACCGCCACCAACCGUCGCUCUCACGUCACAUGAGGACGUGGUAACAGCCAGUCAGCUGUCUGGAACCAGGCAGGACUGGAGACAUCUUUAUGAUGCUGAGCAGCUGAGUCUCUGGGCAGCGGUGAGGACGAAGAACUGGGCAGCGGAAGAAGAUGAUGAAGAAGAGGCUGGAGAGUCCCCAGAGGAGGACUAAGCUUCCACACAGUGAAACCUCUACCUCAUUCAGCUGUCAGGUCCUUCAAAGGGAAAUUAUUGCCUUGACCACUUAUUUUUGACUUAUUCCAUGUCAUCAGACAUUUCCAUCUUUGAUCUGUCACUGAACAGGCAGAAAUGUGUGCAUUUUAAAUUCCUUUGAUACAUUUUUUUUUACAUAGACCAUACAGAAUGCUACAACAUGGGGGACAUCAAAAAUAAACCUGCUACCUAUUGGCUGAACAGAUAAAAACAUAGUUCAGACAUUCUGCCUGUCAAAACAGACACAAAUCAGGCAGAGACGGACAUUCGGUCCAGGUUUAGGGCAUUUGAAGAUGAUGAUCUUCAAAUGAGUGAGAGCAUUCAGCAACAGGUGCAUCAUUCUGAAGACUACACUUUUGUACUGAGGUGCAAAUUAAAUGCACUCACAGUGCCACUGCAGUACUCUAUCUCUCUCACAUAGACAGACACAGAUACACACACAUCCUGUCAUUGUUGACUGAUUCUCCAGGUAUUGAUGGCAGAAAAGAGACUGACAUUGUCUCAAUACCAACAGCCUGGUCCAGUCAUAUAGAAAUGUGGAAAACAAACCAACCCCCCGACCCAUCUACCCCUCACCCAACCUGGUGUUGGACCACCAUGGACAGGGAGACACAGAGAACUUUCCUCAGGGCAGUGGUUUAUCCAUCAUGUUGGCUUAAAGACAUUUAAAAAAAAAAAAGCUUGCUGAAGUUAUUAGCAUUGGUUCAGAUUUAACUUUAGUAUCAGACUGAGUCUCCAAACAACAUCUUUACAUUUACAACAAGGCCAUCUGUCUCUGUCUUCUCUCUCUCUAUUAAUAUGCAGGGAAGAAACAGCACCCAAAGCAAAGAUGGGGUGAACCUGCAGUGCAGUCUGGUCUCUUGACAGUUUUAAUUGUCAGUACAAAUUAGUCUCUAAUCAUGGCCCAUACCUAAUUGUGCCCUUAAUCAAACAUGAGUUGAGGAUUAGUUGCUUAAAUCGAUAACUGAACCUAAACUAAGGGCACAUUUUACAAAAUUCCUUUGGGGGAUUAAUGUUAAUUAUGAAGGACAAAAAUCCUAAACCUGUCUGGUAAAUAAUACUAAUGCAUUGCAUUAUACAAUAAUGCAAUGCAUUAGUAUUGCAACUACAUUUCAAAGGAUAGUUGUCAAAUUUAAAUGAAAAGACAGUUUACUAAGAACUAAUAAUCUUUAUAACUUUCAUCUGUCAAUUUGAAGUAUCUUCCUUUUGGCUGUAAGCUUUAAAAUUUCACAUAGUGCAGCUCUAUAUGAUCUAUUAAAUCUAGGGUUGGGUUCCGAUAGCCGGUUCUUUUUUCUGAGGCUAACAAAUUAUUCGAACAAAUACUCAGAUGUAGCUAAUUUAUGCUUAUUCUGUAAAUAAUUUGCCUUAAAUGAAACUUGGCUUUUGUCUUGUCAGUGUGCUUUCUGCACAUCGUGUAGCCAAAGAUUGUUUGUUAGAGACACCACUCUGUAACACCACUCUAUGUCUACGAGAGUAGAUGGUGUGUUUUUGCAGUUCAACAAGACCAAAAGGGUGGCAAGACUUCUUCUCUAGUGAAAUUAUCAGGUGAUUGUGGCAUGUUAGCUUCAAACUUUGGAACCUCCCACUUAAGCUCUCAUUCAUAUAUCCAAAUUUAAAUCAAUGCUGAUUUCAUUUUCAGAUUAUAGCUGUGGGCUAUGCAAAUGAAGUUUCUAACUAACUCAGAUAACAAAAGCUAAUUACACAUAUGAAUUGAAUCUUUGAGUUUUAGUCAUUUGAAAAGCUGGACCUAAAUAGAUUCAACAAGGGACCUGAAUGGAUCUCAGUCACAACAAAUCCAUCUGGUGAACAUCUAAAUCAUUACAUUUCCUAUGGAACAACAUUAAAUGACUCAAAUAAUAUUGAUUAUUGUGAUCGUUAACCUUGAUCCACUGGAAAGUGAAGGACAAAUUAUUGAUCAUAAGUAAUUGUGCACAUCCUUGACCUGAACUUUAUGAGACUGGACCAUCAGAUUACCUUUGAGUACCAGCUCUUCUACCGCACAUCCUUCAUCAAAGAGGCAUAUUAUUGUAUGUCCCCCAGUCUGCUUAUUUGAACGAAGAAUAUCAACAAAAAUGAUUCUAGUCCAGCAGUGCCUAGUAUGUAUUUAAAGCUUUAAUUGUGAUACAUCAAAGGUCCGGACUUCACCCAGGAUGCUUGCUAGACCAGAACAUCAAAGCACUACAUAUGUUUUGCUCUCCCUGUUGUUGGUAGACUAACAUACCUCUUUUAUUAGCCUAGAAAAUGAUAGAACCUCUUUACAUCCUGUUGGUACUCCACUACCAAACUGUUUGCAUCAGACUACUGUAUACCAUUUGUUAAGAUUUACAUUAACACGCUCAUGUACAUAGCUUCAUUCAAUUUGUUCUUUGCUUUAAAGCUUUAAAACCUUAAUUCUAUCAUCGAUGUCACACAGCAAAGAAAUUCACAGACAGUCAUUGUAAAAAACAAAAACCACAAGAACAAUCCACACAUUACCUCAUGACACACUUGAUACCUGGAUUUAGUAGCAGUGACAGCGUGACAUUGAAUGACUCAUCUCACACUGUAACUCCAGGGAGCCUUACGUUUAAGGAAACCUUAACCGUAUCAGCGCUUUCUGGUCACUGAUAUGCAAUAUCUUCUCCUGAUUUCAAACUACCUCUGACUCAGCACAACCAGCUCAUGAAAGUUGUUGCUCAAUACACACAAACCAAUGCACAGGAAGGCAGUGUGCGUUCAGAUAUUUGAUCAUGUGUUUAUCCUUUAUACUGUACAUUAACGAGGUCAUGCCGGUUGUUGUCUUGUCAUGGACAGUUGUCUGCAACUGUUUUGUUUCAUUCAGGUAAACCCUACAUAAUCCAUAAAGAAGCAAAAGUCAGAUAUGACAGAGCCAUGUGCAUCAACAUUAAAGGAAAAUUCUGCUUUUUUACAACAGCGGCCUUAUUUUCUUUCCUUAUGACCAUCUUUCCUGUUGGUUAUGAUGGGCCAGACAAGUGCUUUUACAAGGUUACAAGGAGUGCAAAGACAUGAAGUCUGAAUGUUUAGUAAAACUCAUCCAUGCAGAUAACAUUAACAAUAUUUUAACUAAAAUACGUUUUCAGCUUUAAAGGUGGGGUAUGCAAUUCUGGAGAAAUCCAAUACAAUGAACUAUGACACAGCAUGUAAUUUAACUAACGUUAGCUAGGUUGUGGGUUAGUAAACUGAUGCUACAGUUUCUACUGCGAAGCUAACAGCCAGAGAGGAUGGCAAGGCAAACUAGAAAAGGAAGGCAAACUAGAAAGUAAUCUGAAUAUCCGUGAGCAAGUCAUUUAAUGUUACCUGACACAAAUCAUAGCUGGAAUUUGACAAAAAGAUGUAUAUUGGAUUAAAAUACCCCACCUUUAACCACAUUAUCUGAACAACAUUUUUUUAAGUGAAAACAAAACCUGAAUACACCUGAAAAUGUAUAACUGCCCAGUGUAUUGCUAUGUUAAACUGGGAAGCAGAGCCAAGAAUUAGCUGUGUAAGUCACGGUGGACACUCUGGCUAAAAACUUUAAUGAUACAGUCGGGAUUUAUUCCUACGUAAGGAGAGCGUUCCUCAUUGGUAAUGUUUGUUUUUUCUAGAUCCAACAGGAUGUGUUUGUUUGAUCAUUUGUCUGGUGACUCCAGAACUCUGAUUAGCAUUGUGACUGAAAUGUCGUCAUAACCUUCAGGCAUGAUAGUCAAAACUAUAAAAAUAAGAAACAGGUUUUUAAAAAAGAACCCUCAAUUUUCCGUUACUUGGAGACAGACUCUGAAGCCUGCAGUUCGACGUUUGCUAUUUCCGUUAUAUGUCCAUAUUGUCUGCUUCAAAUGUUUUAGUCACCCUGAAAGUCAGUGUAGUUUCAGUUUUGAGCUUUGGUUGUUUCCAUGCAAAAUAUCUCAAUAAAUAUGUAAACAAAAUAUUUUUUGUUAUGUGAAUGAUCUAAUUUCAUUAAAAUAUGUGUGAAUAAUAUUAUAUAUGUUACUCUUGUAAAGCAGGGGGUAUAUCCUAUAUAUAUAUAUGUUUUUUUAAAUAUAUUAUGAAUGUAAUAUUUAAUAUGAGUCCAAUCAACUCAUUGACAAGUGAAGUUGUUCAGAUGCAGUCUUUAGAGUUUGUCUCCAUCAACACAUGCACUUGCCACUGACUUACCUGACAUUUUCUUUCUUUAGAGAUUUCUAGUAAAAGCCUAGAAAACAAAAAAGCAGCUAACCUAUUAAGUACUGUUUUUUCUCAUUUACCUCAUUUAAUUUGUAUCUAAACAUUGUAAUGAAAAUAUUUUUCAUUAUCUGCAACUUGGGACUUUUUGACAAACUUGAAUUUAUUUUGUACUGAUUUACACAAUAGUUUAAUAAGGAUCAAGAGUUUGUGUGACACUACAUGAACUACAAAUAUUUGGGUUUUCUGAGUUAUGUACAGUACCUCAAACAGACUGAUAAAAAAUGAUUAAUCAAUUGACAAAUACCUACCUCCAGUCUUAGAAAGGAAUGACUUUGUAGUUUACUUUCAGUAUGAGUUACAUUGACAUGCUGCAGAAGCUCCUUACUUCAAGAAUUGUAUCAGAUCAGUCAAGCUUCCAAUUUCAGUACAUUUUGAUUCUCACCUUCAAAUUGACUUUCAGGUUUUGAAACAGAUAUGUUUGGAUUUAGAUUUUGUAUAUUGUAAUCGUGAAUAUGUUUUCUUGUUUUUAAUUAGUAGAUAUCAAUAUACUUGAUUAGUUGUUUUGUGUGCUUUACACAAAUGUGAUUUUAUUUUCUUGCGAUAUGGUUAAACCUGAUGUAUAUGGAAUUGCUUUUUACUUAGUGAUGGAUUAUACCAUUUUUCACCUUUCACCAUCUUUCAACCUUAGAAAAGGUAACAUGGUAUUUUGAACUGGACCAGUGGUAGAGCUUCAGAGGAGCUAUCCGGUCAACCUGCCUUCACCAGAAACACCAGUAUGAAACAGUGUCAACUUAAUAGAGGUUGUGGUAAACGCUCAUUAAUCGGCACAGUUUUUUGGACCAUAAAGGUGCCUUCAAACUGAAUGCAAAGCCUCACCUUGCUUUAUUUAAAUUUGACUCCUGUACUGUUUUUGCAGUCUGUGUUUAUUACUAGUUAGCUAGUAUAACAACUGUACGGAUGUUAGCUGUAGCUGGUAACAUACUCACUCAUUUCAUGAGUAAUUGUUAUGGAUAAUGUUUUUUUUCCAGUGUUGAGGACAUAUAUUUGGAACUCAAAAAAUACACAGCAUGUGAUAAUAGCAAUGAUGCUGCCAGUACACAAAAAACAAUGGAUGCAGAUGCUGAUGCAAAUUACAUGCCGCUGUUGUGUCUAGCCCCUAAGCUUGAAUUUUUUUGCACAAGUUGAAACAUUUUCAACUUCGUUGACUAAAAUCCUGUUUGGAUUUAUAAAUACUGUAUAAACUGUGUACACCCGUUGAAGCAGGUUGAUCAGUAGCUUUAGAGUGAACAAAUGGCUUUGAAACAGACAGGCUUCAUUAUUUGAUGAAUAAUUAAACACCACACCAUCCAUCAGCCAGACAGUCUCCAUGAAGACCAGGUGAUGACUCCAUGUGACCUGUAUCUAUCUGGAUAUGGAAAAAGGCAUGUUAAUACAUACAGAAUGCACUGCAAUUAGAACGCAAUCUGACCCAGACAAUGUAUCCAGAUACAGAUCACAUGAUGAUUCCAAGUGUAAAUGGGGUCUAACUGACACCACUGAACUCAACAAGCUCCAAGUUUUUAGGUUUUGAAGUUUGUCAUUUCCUUAGAGAUGUGGAGUUUAGUUUAGUUCAGUAGAGUUUAAAAUGCAAGCUAAUGUUCUCUCGAGGUAACGUUACCUCGCUGUUGGGCAGAAUGAUGGUAGAAGCCACUGUUGAUGAGCAACUCUGGGAGUCUUAAUGAAGUUGAUCUUUUCAUGAUAUCAUGUUCUAGUAGAAUCAAAUGUACAUUACUACCUCCAGAAAGGCCUACAUUUACCUCAUUUUCAAACUCAAAUGCUGUUUAAAAUUCAGGUGUCCAAGAGCAUAUGGAGAACAUCAUACAUCAUUUUAUAUAUAUAGUUUAUUUUUGUGGGGGAUACAUUUUAUGACUUUUUUCUGUUUCUCAGUUAGGUAAGACUGGUUAUGUAAUCUUUGAAAAAGAAUUUUCUUACCUUAUGCAAUGUUUUGUAGUUAGCUGUGAGGAAAGUGAAGAGAUUUCCCAGCUCUCCCUCUGCCUUGCUCUUUCUGUAUCAUUUCAAAAAUCUUCUACAGUAUCUUAACUUUUAUUUCUUUCUCUAUCCACAUAGUAUUGCUGUCUUUGAUUUCACACAAAAAUUGCUUGCUUGCUAAACAGAGUCUUUAUAAAUAUUAACUGUGUUCACAGCACAAUAAAAAGUAUGGCAUCCAUAA